AUGUGGUUACUCUCGCGCUAUCCCCCCCUUUUCUCGCCACCCGCUCAGCGUGCUCCCGCGACGUUGGAUUCGGGACUUCUGGGAGCGGGUUCAGAUCAGCAUCUGGUCUGGGACUUUGCUGAUGUUAUGAAUUGCACUGGUGGAGUGCCAUGGAUACUCAAUGUAAGUUAUUUCUUUUAUUUUGUUUUGCUUUAUGUUUAGGUACGUGGAUACAAGGAGUAAGCAGAUUUCUCAAGUUUUAGACAGAGUUUAAUUCGUCUUCAAGUAAAUUUUUUUAUUAUUCUUGGUGAACAAGGUUCGACAAUAUCUGAGUGUUUGCUUGUCUGAAUAAUCGAAGCCGUUUAGACAUAGUUUAGAUGCUUCGCUCAUUAGAUGCUUCCUAAAAUUAUUUUAGACACAACUGAUUUAUCCUUUUAUUUUCAGGUCUUUGGCGAUUGUGUUGAUACUCCUCUAAAAUUAAGUGGCUUUAUUAUUGGACUGAUCUCACUUGUGCUAUGGCUAGUCCCUCUUUUCCCUCAGUUAUAUGAGAACUACCGAACCAAGAGAUGUGAGGGUUUAUCCAUCUUCUUCUUGCUUUUCUGGUAAGGUUUCGCCUUUUCCUUGAUUUUUAGGUAAUCAUUGACAUCGUGUGUGAAGAAGUAAUAACUCUGCUUAAGGAUUACCGGCGAUACGUGCAAUAUGAUUGGAGCAGUUUUAACCCACCAACAGCCUCUUCAACAGAUCAUUGGAGUUUAUUAUAUUAUCCAAGACAUUGUUCUUCUUUCUCAGUACAUGUAUUACACCAGAAUAUACCAAUCCAGUCGUCGUAAGUAGCAUGAUCUUUUUUUCUGAUUUUAGGUUUUACUUGAAACUUUCUUAAUUUGCUCUCGUCGUUUUUGUAAUUCAAAUUGUUGUUUUGCAGAAAGCAUGACCGGAAGUUCCGUGGUUGUUCCAGCGAUGGUUUUUGGAAUGUUCGGCGGAAUGACUUUACUCUCAUCGACCACCGGUCCAAACACAAUGGAGAUGAUCAGCCAGGUUGGGAAGAGAUAUAUGGUUACGGACUCUGUUGGAUCCCCUCCCAUCUUUGAGAGUUACACCGACGCUCUUGGAUAUGCGAUUGGAUCUGUAGCUGCGGUCUGUUAUUUCUCCGGUCGGAUCCCACAACUUCUCCGGAAUUAUUAUCGAAAAUCCUGCGACGGUCUCUCUCUGGCCAUGUUCUACAUCAUCGUGUUGGCCAAUCUGACCUACGGACUCUCGGUUCUCCUUGAAUCGACCGGUUGGGUAUACCUCCUUCGACAUCUCCCUUGGCUCGCAGGAUCUCUGGGAUGUUGCUUCUUCGAUGCGAUUGUAAUCGCACAGUAUUAUCAUUACCAGAGACUCCGGGCAAGCAGAGAACAGGAAGACGUUGUGGGUCUUCUGGAUGACGAAACUGAAGAAGAAUAG